AUGACAGCUCGACAUGCGCCCACGGACCCUUUGGUGGUCAUCCUGGGUUCGACCGGCACAGGAAAAUCAGAGCUUGCUGUAGAGCUUGCGACUCGCUUCAAAGGCGAAAUCAUCAACGCGGAUGCGAUGCAGAUGUACAAGGGUCUGCCCAUCAUCACGAACAAGAUCACCAACGAAGAGCGCCGCGGCGUGCCCCACCACCUGCUCGAUCACAUCGGCCUCGACCAACCCACUUGGAUCAUUGAGGACUUCAAGCGCGAGGCGAACAGAGUCAUCAGCGAGAUCCGGAGCAGGGGCAACUUGCCCAUCGUCGUCGGCGGGACGCACUACUACACGAAUGCGCUUCUGUUCGCAAACUCCCUCGUCGGUGGGGAGGGCGAUAAGCCCAAGGAUGCCGAAAUCAGUGACGAGCAGGCCGGCAAGUCGUUCCCGAUCCUCAACGAGCCGACUGAGGUGAUACUGGCGAAGCUGAGGGAGGUCGACCCCGUCAUGGCCGACCGCUGGCACCCCAACGAUCGGCGCAAGAUCCAGCGCUCGCUGCAGAUCUACCUUCAGAACGGGCGCCCUGCAUCCGAAAUCUACGCCGAACAGAGCCAGCGCAAGCUGGCCGAGACCAAGGCGUCCGGUGCUGGUGCGUGGCAGACGCUACUCUUCUGGGUAUACUCGGAUCCCGAGGUGUUGAAAGAGCGCCUCGACAAGCGGGUGGACAAAAUGCUCACAGCCGGUCUGAACGACGAGACCCAGUCGAUGUACGAGUAUGUCCAGGAAAAGCAGGCCGCUGGCGAGGAGGUGGACUACACUCGUGGCAUCUGGCAGUCAAUUGGCUUUAAGGAGUUUGAGCCUUACCUCAAAGCACUCAACAACCCAGACCAGACCACCGAGCCCGCCGCCCUCGAGUCUCUGAAAGCGACAUGUCUCGAGGAUAUGAAGGCCUCGACGCGCCAGUAUGCAAAGUACCAGACCCGCUGGAUCCGUACAAAGACCGUCCCGCCGCUCCAAGAACAGCCCAGCGCAAUGGACCACCUCUUCGUCAUGGACAGCACCGACAUAUCCCAGUGGUCGUCCAACGUGAUCGAUCCAGCCGUCGACAUCGCGCGCCGCUAUCUUGAGGGUGACAGUCUGCCCGAGCCGGCGAGCACGUCGGAGAGAGCAAGCGCGGUGCUGCGGGAAGUCGCGACGCAAAAAACGGUCACGCAGCGGCGGCAGACGUGCGACAUCUGCCAGACGACCUGCGUGACGGAGCAGGACUGGACGAAGCACAUCAAGAGUAGGCGCCACAAUGUGCUCGUCAGGAAGAAGAAGGCGAGGGCCCUGGUAGCCACUGAGAGGCCCAUGGCUGUUGUUCCAGUGGAAGCUGAAGCUGUCGCAGCCGAGCCCGUAGAAAAACCCUCAAGCCCUGAGGGAGGUGUCGUAGACAUGUUCGAGGAGCCGUCAUAA